AUGUCCAACGCGUCUGGCACCUACCCCCAUGAACUCUUUUAUUCCGACUGGAUGGAUUGCCUCAUGAAGUCCAACGCCGGCGCUCUCCGAGAACACAUCGCUGAGCACUAUGCGCGACAAUAUGGCAGCUUAGAGGCUGCAGCCGAGCCCGUUACGAGGUUCUAUCAAAUCUUGGGAUUCUUGGGGCGUCAGCCAAGUGGCAAUGAAGACACCCUCCUUCUGAACAUCAACGACCGCUACGCGCUUCGCUUGUGGAAAGGAGACCUUGACAACCUCAUGCUUUAUUCCUUCAGUUUCUAUGACCGUCAACAAAGGAAGGCCGUCAACACCCCUCAAGAUUAUACCAUUCACAUCAAUGAGUUCAAUGAGUUGGAUGCGGAUCCUGGCAUCGAGCUUCGCUCUCUCGAAGCGUCUUUCCGUGUUCAGGAUUGCCCUGCCGGUCUGGAGUCGUACAUGGUUCAGGAAGGAACGUGUAUAAGUGUAUGGAAGGGUGGUGAGAGGGUAUCCAAUCUUCAAAUUCCUGUGAGGAUGCGACCCGCCCAGCCUCCUUUUACCCACCCUCAACCGUUUGGGACGCUAGUCCAGGUGCCUAUCGUACACUUCUAG